AUUUUAGAUCUGAAAUAUGUAAAAAUGUGAGGUGAAAAAUCAAUGAAGUUCCAUAUUCGUUAAGAGAUCCUAUUUUCUUGAAGUGGAGCGUGCGCUGAACAGACGCUGACUUAUCUGGCCUGAAAUAGCACACAAGAAAUAAUAAAAAGAAUUUACAGCUAGAAUUUGCAAACAAAAAUGAACAUCGAGCUUCUGGAAUCGUUUGGCCACACUUACCCGGAAGAGCUGGACGGUUCUCUGGACUGUGUGGCGUUUGUAAACUGCUGUGCAUUCAAUAGGUGGGGUACUCUGUUCGCUGUGGGCUGUAAUGACGGGAGACUCAUCAUAUGGGACUUCCUAACCAGGGGAAUAUCGAAGAUCAUUCAGAGUCAUGUACAGCCUAUGAGCAGUAUCAGCUGGUCCAGAGAUGGCAAGAAGAUCUUGACUGCUGCAAGUGACAUGAAUGUGGCCAUACAUGAUGUUCUGUCUGCUGAGUGUGAACACAAGUACAGAUUUCCGUCCAUAGUUCUCACAACCCAAUUCCACCCGAGAAACUCAGACCAGUUCCUGGUAUGUCCAAUGAAACACUCGGCUGUUCUCGUGUCUGUCUCAGGAAAACACUCCACCCUGCCCUUAGACACAGACUCAGUUUCAGCAGGAGCAGAACCUAAUGUAUGUGCCAUAUUCGAUAGGAGAGGGGCGCAUAUUAUAACUGGGAACUCGAAGGGGAAAGUUUUGGUUAUAAGAACUGAGGAUUUGAAAGUGGUGGCAUCAUUCAGAAUAUCUGCCAGUUCGUCACAAGGAAUCAAGCAGAUAGUGUUCGCUCGCAGUGGCAGUGACUUCAUAGUGUCCAGUGGAGACAGAGUGAUCAGAGUCUACAAUCUGGAAGAAGUGCUCGCAUGUGGAAUCUCCAGUUCAUCCUCCGCGUCAUCAUCAACAGGAGGGGCUGAACCAGAACCAAUACAGAAGCUACAGGACAUGGUCAACAGAACUGCAUGGAAGAAAGUGGCGUUCAGUGGCGACGCGCAGUUCAUAGUGGCGGCUUCUAUGAGACAACACGCUCUCUACAUCUGGGAGAAGGCGGGUUCGGGGUCCCUGGUGAAGGUGCUGUACGGGGCCAGAGGGGAACUAGUUUUGGAUGUUGCCUGGCACCCUAUCCGACCAAUAAUAGCCUCAAUAUCCGCUGGCAUUGUAUCCAUAUGGGCUCAAGCCCAAGUGGAGAACUGGAGUGCAUUUGCUCCUGACUUCAGGGAGUUAGAGGAGAAUGUAGAAUAUGAGGAAAGGGAGAGCGAGUUCGAUCUGGAGGACGAGGACAGAUCUCUCCCCGAAGACGCCCAUCAUGCACACGAGGACGAAGAAAUCGACAUUGUUGGAACUGCUCCAAACAGCCGGGCUUUUCUGGACAGCGACGAAGAUGAGCUGGAUUUAGACGGAGUCCUAUUCCUGCCCAAUGCUCCUGAAAUCGAAGACCCAGAAGAAACUUCAUUCAACUCCGAUCAAAAUGCUCCCCCAGACGAUACGCAACGAAAAAGAAAACACCUUCAAAGUGAAGAGAAGGCAAAAGAUACAAGUGCAUUAGACGCCAAAUCAAAAAAGACUAAAUUUUAUGAUAUUGAAUUGGAGGCGAUAGAGAACAGUGGUUCGAUCCCCGCUAACAACGGAGUCACAACUGCCAGUUCUAGCAGCAGGGAAUCUGGCUCGGGCAGCCGGAAAAAAGGGAAAAGAAAGCUCUAAAUUUGGGCAUUUUCUCGUUUCUGUAAUGAUUGAUUGAAAGUGCUGCUUUGUUUUGAUAUCUGUAAACCGGUAUUUAUUUUUGUCUCGUUAGAAUCGAAAUAUUAAA